UCUUAAUUCAAGUAGUAGUAAUUAUUAUUCAACUAUAUAGUUUUAAGCAAGAAAAAAAAAAUGGGAUUGAAGGCAUUUUUGCUGAUUGUCUUGGCUAUUUUUCUUGUGAUAACAUCAGAGGUUGCAGCUAGGGAGUUGGCUCAGAGCUCCACCACUUUCCUGGAAAAUGGACAUGCAAAUGACGCCAAAUUUCUAGGAGUAGGACCAAGAUUAGGAGGAGGACUUCCAGGAAUCGGAGGAAGAUUUCCAGGAAUGGGAGGAGGAAGAGGACUUCCAGGAAUGGGAGGAGGAAGAGGAGGACUUCCAGGAAUCGGAGGAGGUGAAUUUGGAGGAUUUUCAGGAGGAGGAUUUCCUGGUGGCCCUGGUACUGGUGAAUAUGGUGGUGGAUAUGGUGGCGGCCGUGGAUAUUAUGGUGGUUAUCCUAGAGGUGGUGGUUAUGGAGGAUAUCCUAGAGGUGGUUGGUAUGGAGGAUGGCCACGCAACUAAUUGAUUAAUUACUAAGGAAUAUAUGUGAAGAAUAUUCAUGGUGGCUGUUUUUAUAUUUUGUGUGUUCUACAGUUUUAGUAAUGGUUUUGUUGUUGGAAGUAUGAAUAAAUGCAUCAUAAAUCUCCAUUAACUUACUACCAUGGAUGAGAACAACUAUGCAAAUAUGCAAUAUGUAUCGUUAAAUAAUAUAUGAGAACUCACUUAUAUGCGUC